AUGGCGAUCAGAGUUGGAAAUGAGGUGGUUUUGCCUCAGGGCCAGCCGGCCAUCCUGAGAUGGAUGGGUCGUAUUGACGGUAAACUCAUAGAGUACGCUGGCGUCGAGCUUACGGGACCCAACGCGACCACCUACGGUAAACAUUCCGGCGAGCACAACGGCCGCAAGUAUUUUUCCACUGAAGUGCCCGGCACUGGCUUGUUUGUGUCCUAUUCGCAGCUGGUUAGCGCGAAUGUACAGAGCGUGAUCAGCCGAAACGUGUUCGAUGCGUCCCCCGAUAGCGCGCUGUCGCCUGCAAGCACACUGAGCGAACGCAAAAAUGUUGCUGCCCCGGCCGAAAUUGACCAAUUGGAAAAGCUGUUGGCCGAGCGGAGUGCCGAAUGCGACCGGCUCAAGGCUCAGCUGGCCGCCUCUGACCCCAAGGCUUCUGACGAUGACCUGCACAAGCUGUUGGAGGAAAAAGAUCAAAAAAUACAGUCCAUGCGUCAGGCGCACGAACAAAAGCGAGACGAGUUCCGUAUGACAAUUUCGCAGCUUGAGAUGGACCGUAAUGCCAUUGCCGAUAAUUACGAGGAGAAAUUACAGGCAAUGGCUGAUGAAUACGAACACAAACUGCAAAGUCAGAACUCUGGACUGAACGAAGAAAUUGAGACCCAGCGAACCGCUUUGGCAGCUAUGCAGAACCAGAUGCUUUCUGAAUCAGAGCGUCUCAGAGAGCAGAGAGAGCAACUCGAGGCCGCGCAGGAAGAACUGGAGAAAACCAGAUCGUCUCGCCUGGGUGAUGAAGAGUUGGAUGCAGUUCUUCAACAGCUCGAAACACAAGAGAAAAUGCUCAACGAAAUGAGGGAGAGCAUUUCUGAACUCGACGAGUUACGCGACAAAGAGCGUGUCCAGCGUAAAGAGCUUGAAAUGCUACGCGCUGGAACUGUUGACACAGAUAACAGUUCGGUUGCCGAGCUCAGAAAAGAGCUUGACGAGACACGCGAGCAGCUGGGCUUGGCAACCGUCGAGUUAAGGGCCACCAAAAAUCAGCUUGAAGCCACCACCAAGACCCUUGAGGAAACCAAACAUGAGCUGGAAGCUAACAGAGAAGAGCUGGCACCCCUUAAAGCAGAGCUUGUUUCUGUCAAGAUCGAGUUGGAGUCUAAAAAGGCUGAGUGUGAAAAGAACGGCCGCUCUUCCCCUAGCGAAGAGCCUGAAGAUAAAGUGCAGGUGUCGAGUCUCAAGUCGGAAUUGGCAGCAGUCAAGUCCGAGCUGCAGAAAUCAAGGUCUCAGUCGAAAAUGCUUCUUGCUGAACUAGAGCAGGUCUCUAAUGCCAGCUCUGAAAUCAGCCGCCUUGAACAGGCCCUUGAGGCCAAGGUGGUUCGAGAGUCUGAACUGGAGGCUGAGAUUGAAAGACUGUCUAUCACCCCUAAAGAUGAUGCCCCCAAGGAGGAUGCUCCUAAAAGUACGCCAGCCGCAGCGGCAGUACCCCAAACGGCCUCUAAACCGAGCGAUGCAGCAGCCGGCCGCGAUCUAUGGUGCGGACUGUGCGAAAGAGACGGUCAUACUGCUGAAGAAUGUCCGUAUGAAGAUUGA